AUGAGGUGCUUGAUAAGCAAGUCCAUCAAAGACGUUCCCAGUCUUAUAUAUUCAACGUGUGACGAUUGCAAGGAAUGCCUUGAGAGCAGAUGUCACGAAGUCAUCAAGUUAAGUCCAGAAAUCGUUGCAGAUCAGAGAGACAAACACUUGACAAAUUUUAUCGGAUGUUUCUCGUACCACAACAACGUAACUGCCAAGAAUGUCGCUUCACUGGACCAAUGCACUAAGCACUGUAGAACACCUUACAUUAGUCUUCUGGACAGUAUCCACUGCACGUGCUCUGACGAGGUAAGCGGCAUGAUCUCGCUAGAAAUGUGCCAUGAAGACUGCAUCUGCCAGGGACAUAAGUACCACUCGGUUUUUUCAGCUUCUUCCAACAGUUCAACUGAGGUAGGCUGUUUCAGUUGGGUUGAGUUUGAGUUUGAAUCGAAGGAAGACAUUGUUUACAUCGAGGACCAGUGCAUGGACCUCUGCCUUUCCAAAGAGUACCACUUCAUGGCCAUCAAGGACUUGCACAAGUGUUUUUGUGGGAAUUCGAUAUCUUUGAACAAGCAGAAGACCAAAAUUGAAUGCUUCAAAGGAACUCCACACACUCACAUUGUGUAUGAUUCAAGGAGCACUGACGAUGAUUCAUUCGGAAUCGAAAUAUGGCCUUAUUUGCAGCAUGAAUUCGAAAAAUAA